AUACUAAAAAGCAAGCAUAGAAAAUAGUUUGUACUUACACAUCGGUUCCCGCUUGCACUCUAAAUAGUCAAGGGUAGCUUAAAACUUAAUUUACUUAAAAACACGAACUGUGCAUGAUAACUGAAACUUGAACUACUGGCGCGAAUAUGCCGCUAACACUAUCUAUAUACGUGUAAAAACUAAUGACGUCAUUGCUACGCAACAAAUUGACGAAUCUGAAAGAAUCAAGAUUACUCAAUUAAUUAGAGAAGCCUCGAUAUAGUGUUUAUUACAACAAAAAUAAGAUCAAAUUUCAUGCGAAUCCAGGGCUUUGGGCAACCAGGCCCUGCAGUAAUAAGACAUUAUGUCCUAACAAGACGUGCCAUUGGUCAGUCUAAAACUCGACUCUGACCAACUAACUUGACUGCUCCAUGCUCAGGUUUGGCAAGCACUUGAAAAUUCAGCAAAUAUAUUUAGAAUCAAGCAAGUAAACCUGUCACCAUUUUGCCACUAACCUUGAGCUUUUUAUGUCGUUAUUUAGCCACGCCAUUAUGAGAGGCCUGGCUCUUAGCCUGAAAUUCAACGACGAUUACUUCCACGACAAAUUCAACCCAGCCUUCCCUCUGCUAGCUUUGUGGCACUACCCACCCGUCCCCGAAGAGUCAGACUCCUGGGGGGUGGGACCUCACACGGAUUACGGUGUGUUGACGAUACUUAUGCAAGAUGACGUAGGAGGACUGCAGGUGGAGACAAAUGGAGGGAACUGGAUCGAUGUUACUCCAAUUCCAGGAACAUUUGUAGUCAACAUUGGUGACGUGAUGGAAGCCUGGACCGAGGGACAAUUUCGAGCCACAAUGCACCGGGUGAAGAACUCGACAUCCAAACAUCGGAUCUCCGCACCAUUCUUUUUCCAGCCGAGACUUGAUUGCGUCAUCACACCACUUGAUGACGUCAUAGCCACUGACAGCGCUGGUAAAGACACAAGCACAAAGCUGGCGCUCCACAAGCCUUUUAAGUUUGGAGAAUAUGUCUUAAACAAGUUUGAAAAAUCGUAUGGUGAUAAUUAGGAAACUGGCCUGUUAUGAACCUGGUCUGAAAAGUUAUCAGUAACAUAAUAUAAAGGACAAAGUUACUGAAUACAGACAAAGGGCAUUUAUUUUUAGAGUUUUGUCCGUCUCGGGAAAGCAACUCCAAAUAUUCCCGACGGCCACCUGAAGACCUUCGAAGAAUCUAAAGUUUUUUCUAAGACUGCCGAAGUUGGCCCGAAGGCUUCCAAAAUAUGACCCGAAGGUUUCCGAUUAUUCCCGAAAAUCUCCCGAAGAAGAUUUUUGAAAUAGUCAAAACAUCAGCAAAUAUUUUUGAAAGUCUCCCGAUGUCUUUUUCGUGCUAAUUUUGCCUUUUGUGUCAUUAACAAGUAAACUAAUGUUUCCAGUGUCAAAUUGGCAAAUCGCCCUCGACGCGUAGUCGGCUGGAAAUAUUUUGAAAACACACAUGUUAAGGUUCACUUUCCACGGACCAUUCUCUAUUCUUCUGAGCUCUGAAUUCUUAGUUUGGCACGUGACGUCAUCGCCGCCAUAUUGGAUGCCGUUAACAGAAGACUUCCGUCAUCUAACAUGGCCGCCAGGAAUUUGUCAUUUGAAUCUCUCGGAUGGGUAGCAGGCCCUCAAUCCCGUGUUAUACAGUGACCUACAGUAGUUUGUCAAUCGAUUGUCCACCGUAAGUUUGCUUUGGUUGUUUUUACUAGAGCACUAGCCGGGGAACACUGAUGGGUUUCUGCCUGAGAUAUCUGUCUACGUUUCGAGGCUCCUCUUGCAGCACUGGAGCUGUCCUGUGCUAUUAAUAAUAAUUUAACAAAUCGAAUGUGGUUUAGCGUUGUCUGUACUCUUAUCAACAACGAUAUG